AUGCUCGGCGGGAGCCCAGAAGGAAGUUCAUCCCCAUCCAAUUCCAAGUCCGCCACGGGGGAAGUGUCAAUGCCUGUUGUGACAAGUAACCAGGAGUCGAGUACUGAAUCGCCGCCCGAGGGCCCAGUCGCGACUACAGAUCCCUCGCCUCCGUUGAAUGAUAUCGAGUGGUCCAAACAGACUCCACCCUCCUCUGCAUCUCCUGAAAAUGCCGAAGGUUCUUCUGGGGCUGCCCCUACCGAUCCUCCUAAAAAACUCCAUCGAUUAAUACCCAUCCCAUCGCGGACAUCUUUGAAAGCGGACAAGCAAUCCACCUCGGACAAAACCCAAGACGGUCCCCAGGAUGGAUCCGAAAACACUCGAGGCUCGCGAAGAAGUCUUUUAAGGAAUCGGAGGGACAGAAGUAGGGGGAGCAGUUUGAGGUCGCGAGGCCCAAACCAAGAAGGGACUGCCGCCCAGGAGUCUGACUUGCGCGACCCUGCGAAGCCAGAGAAACCGAUGAAGACUUCCCACAAGCUCUUCGCCUUCUUGAGCUGUUGCUCAUCUUCCGAUGUCGAUCCUGAAGAUGGCUCUAUCCCACCUAAACGAACUCCCAGACGGCCGUCCGUCCCAAAUACUCAGCCAACAUCGGAGAAAGUAGAUGUCAAUGCGGGUGAUUCGAGCACUGCGGAGUCGAAGGAGCCAAGCUUCUUCAAGGAUGAGAAACCCAACCUGACCGUGACUUCAGAUCAGUCAGCUUCGCAGGCAGACGAAGAGCGCACAGUGGGAGGCGCAGAGCCAGGCUCGCAACUCGACGGAACAGUAACAUCAACGGGAAAGUUUGAUUCCACCACCACUCCCCCUUUACCGAAAAUCACCGCCGAAACUUUCCGUGUGGAUGCCUCCCAGGCUGUCCAAUCUGGUGCAGCAGCACCGGACUCGGAAAAGUCCGACGAUCUCGGUUCGAAGGCGGAGGAAGUACAGGGGAAGGAGGAUACGGCUUCUACCACACAUGGGCCUUCAGCAGAUAACACAGCGAUGCUACCCCCGCCGCCGCCGCCAAUCAUACCGCUAGGUAAACAGCCAGAAACUACCGUACAGGAGAGAUCACAACAAUGGCUGUUACCACCAGCUCUGCCACAUUUGCGAGAUCGGAAAUGUCUUGUCCUCGAUCUCGAUGAGACACUAGUUCACAGUAGCUUUAAGGUUCUCGAACGCGCUGAUUUUACCAUUCCGGUGGAAAUCGAAGGCCAGUAUCACAACAUCUAUGUGAUUAAGCGACCUGGAGUCGAUCAAUUUAUGAAACGAGUCGGGGAAUUGUAUGAAGUCGUUGUGUUUACUGCAUCUGUUUCGAAAUAUGGCGACCCCCUUCUCGAUCAAUUAGACAUCCAUGGUGUCGUUCAUCACAGGCUGUUCCGAGAUAGUUGUUACAACCACCAAGGCAACUACGUCAAGGAUCUCUCCCAAGUUGGCCGUGACCUUCGACACACGAUCAUCAUAGAUAACUCUCCAACAUCCUAUAUAUUCCAUCCUCAACAUGCGAUACCCAUCAGCAGCUGGUUCUCUGACGCCCACGAUAACGAGCUCCUCGACCUAAUCCCCGUCCUCGAAGACCUUGCUGGCUCUGAAGUUAGAGACGUCACACCGAACCACACAACCAUGAAGGACAGUAAGGGCUGGGAUGGCAAACUAAGGGUUGAGCCGAAGGCUACGAUAACGAACCCAGAGGCCCUGGAAGACCCAGACUACUCUGACUCUGACGCGCCGCCUGUAGAGGAGAUUGUCGCAGAUGAAGAUCUGUUAGAAGACGAGGAUGAGGAUGUCGAGAGAAUUUGCCUUCGACAAAACCAAAUAUCGCGGAUCGAAUUCCCCUCACGUUUGGACGCCUCACUGGUUGAAAUAGAUCUCUACGAUAACCUUAUCUCUCAUCUAAAGGGCCUGGACGAUUUCCAUAACCUGACAAGCCUGGACCUCAGCUUCAAUAAGCUCAAGCACAUCAAGAACAUCUCGCACUUGGUCAAGCUGAAGGAUCUCUAUUUCGUGCAGAACAAAAUAUCGAAGAUUGAGGGGCUCGAGGGAUUGACUGUUCUGAGGAAUCUGGAGCUGGGAGCUAAUCGGAUCAGGGAAAUUGAGAAUCUUGAUACGUUGUGUGCUCUGGAAGAGCUCUGGCUUGGAAAGAACAAGAUUACUGAGAUGAAGAAUCUCGAUUCGCUUCAAAACCUCCGGAUUCUUUCGAUCCAAUCCAACCGACUGGCUAGUCUCAAUGGCCUCUCUUCUCUGAAGAACCUGGAGGAGUUAUACGUCUCGCAUAACGCAAUCACAGACCUCGGCGGACUAGAAUCCAACACCUCGCUCCGCGUUCUCGACUUCUCGAACAACCAGGUCUCCAAACUCGACCAUCUAUCCCAUUUGAAGGAACUAGAGGAACUCUGGGCGUCAAAUAAUCAACUCGAGAGUUUUGACGAAGUAGAGCGUCAGCUUAGGGACAAAGAGAAUCUGAAAACCGUCUAUUUCGAAGGAAACCCGUUGCAGACCAAAGGGCCCGUGGUGUACCGGAAUAAGGUGCGGCUGGCGAUACCUCAUAUCAUGCAGAUUGAUGCUACAUUUGUACGAAUUGCGUAG